CCUUCAAAUAAGACAUUCCGUACGAAGCGCACUCUCGCAAAGGCCCAGCGCCAGAAUCGACCCAUUCCUCAGUGGAUCCGCUUAAGGACUGGGAACAGAAUUCAAUACAACGCCAAACGCCGUCACUGGCGCCGAACGAAGCUCAACAUUUAA